AUGUCGUCGACACUACUGGAAGGGACACGUGCGUCGCACGAGGAGGUUGAGCGGUUAGAGCGUCUCAUCGUGAAGGAUCUCCAGAACGAGCCUUCGUCGAACAAGGACCGUCUAUUCCAGAGCCACCGUGUUCGCAACAUGAUCGAUCAAAUCACAACCACUACUCAUAAACUCGUUGAGAUUUACGAAGACAGAGAUAAUGCUAGGAAGGAUGAGAUUGCUGCUCUUGGAGGUCAGACUGCGACUGGGACUAACGUCUUUAGUGCAUUUUAUGAUAGGCUAAAAGAGAUACGAGAGUAUCAUAGACGUCAUCCUGCUGCACGUGUUGUCGAUGCCACUGAUGAGUAUGAGCAGCUGCUCAAAGAGGAACCACAGAUUGAGUUCAGUGGGGAGGAACUGGAGUUGGCUAAGUCAAUGGCUCAGAAAACGCAUGCAUCCUGUAUGUUUUUUUCUGGCUUACCAACAGAAUGUGAUGUACAGGAAGCCUUUGGACGAUACCUUGAUAUGCACGAACUGUUCAAUGAUUACAUUAAUUCUAAAUUUGGAGAGCCUAUUGAGUACACUUCUUACCUUGACAUUUUUUCUCAACCGCACAAGAUUCCUCCCAAAUUAAGGUCGACAAGGCAGUACAGGGAGUAUUUAGAGAAGCUGCUGGAGUAUCUGAUAUACUUUUUCCAGCGAACAGAGCCCUUGCAAGAUCUUGAUAGAAUUUUCUCGAAGGUAAUAACUGAGUUUGAAGAGCAAUGGGCAAAUGGGAGUGUACCAGGAUGGGAGAACAAGGGUGAAGAAAAUGGACAUGUUCCACUGCAGCAUACUGUAAUUGAUCUUGAUUAUUAUAGUUCAGUUGAAGAGCUGAUGGAAGUGGGACCUGAGAAGUUGAAGGAGGUAAGGGCAGAAUUUGUGGCAGACUCUUCUGUGUAA